UUUUUAAUGCAUAGAGUAUCAUAAGUCCAUAAUCCCACAUAGAAGCUGUUUGAAGAAGACUCCACAGAGAAAGAAGAAAGAAACCCUAAUUUGCAUUGAAGCUGCUUUCCUGUCACAAUUCACUUGCUCUCUUUACCUCCGUCGAUGACAAGCGCUUGGACAAAUUUGAGCUUUGCAAUCAUACAUAGGGAUAUAGAAAGGGAGUGGGAGAAUCAGGGUGGACUUUUGGGUAUUUUUAUAUUUAAAUGGAGAUUCUUGCUCUCUGAAGAACUAUUCAUCUGCAAAAUUCAUGGGAGGAUGAGGAGAUGAAAUAUAGUUCAAUUUUAUUAUAGCUUUGGAGCAUCUUGGAGCAAAUGAGCAAUGGAGCUUUGGGAGCACCGCUCACAUCGAGGAUUGCUCACUUGUGAAAGCUUCGCCACAUCCCUUUGGUGUCAGAAAUGAGCAGCCGUUUUUCUAGGACAAUCUAUGUUGGCAACCUGCCCUCGGAUAUAAAAGAAUUGGAAGUUGAGGAUUUAUUCUACAAGUAUGGUCGUAUACUUGAUAUUGAAUUGAAGAUUCCACCUCGUCCUCCUUGUUAUUCUUUUGUCGAGUUUGAGAAUUCUCGGGAUGCAGAAGAUGCAAUCAGAGGUCGCGAUGGAUAUAAUUUUGAUGGUUGUCGAUUGAGGGUUGAGCUUGCUCAUGGCGGUAGAGGGCAAUCUUCAAGUGAUCGUCGCAGUGGUUAUGGUGGCGGAGGAGGAGGAGGCGGCGGCGGUGGCGGCGGAGGUGGUGGUCGACAAGGAAUCUCGCGCCAUUCAGAAUUUCGAGUUACUGUUCGUGGACUUCCAUCUUCUGCGUCUUGGCAGGAUUUGAAGGAUCAUAUGCGAAAAGCAGGCGAUGUGUGCUUUGCUGAAGUUUCUCGUGACAGUGAUGGGACUUUUGGACUCGUUGAUUAUACUAACUAUGAAGACAUGAAAUAUGCUAUUCGGAAGCUUGAUGACACUGAGUUUAGAAAUCCUUGGACUAGAGCUUAUAUCCGGGUUAAGAGGUAUGAGGAUACCCCAUCAAGGAGCCAAAGUAGAAGUCGCAGUAGAAGCCGCAGUAGAAGCCGCAGUAGAAGUCCGAGAAGGAAUAGAAGCAAAUCCGUGGAACGCUCUCCUCCAAAAUCAGUGUCAAAAUCUAAAUCAGCAUCACCUGUCAAGUCACCUAGAACAAAAUCCAGGUCAAGGUCUAGAUCAGGAUCUCCGAUCAAGGCACAGUCUGGAAGUGGCUGAAUCAUUUACACAUGUUGACUAGUUGGUGUCGAAGCUUCACUAGAGUUUGAUCGGGAUUUUUUUUGGUUAAAAUGUAGUAAUCAACACUCAGCAAUAGGAAUGAGGUAUUUUCGGUUUUUAUGAUUUAUGAUUCAUUUGUGGACUUGUGGAAUACACAGUAUUGUCAUUUAGUCGUCAAACUUGUUCCGGUUGAACUGGAUCCUGGCCUUUCAGUUUCUCCUAUCAUGGAUAUUGGAUGAACCAAGUGGGGUUUGAAUUUAGCAUAAUUAGAUAUGCUUUCUGGUUUUAUAAUUA